UUAUGACAUGGUGACCGCUAAAACCCGUCGUACUCUAGUCGGGUAGCAUUCACGAAACUUGCAUGUUUGCUUUCUCCCUGCGUCUUUUAACUGCCCCGAGUCACCCAAGUACCUACCACUGAUGAACACCAUUACCUCGACUCUCACGGAGCCUUUCGACCAUGACCACGAAUGUGUGUCGGCGUCCGAGCUGGAACACGCGCAGACUUGUCACAACAUUGACGAGCUUACCGAAGAUAUAUCGAUGAAAGAACUCAACGCCGUUCAUUCGUGGCUUUCCAUCGCCGGGAGUCUAGAAAACUACACCCCACUCCAUCAUCAAAUAGUCUUGCGAAGGGAAAUUAUUGCAUCCGAGAGCGCUCGACUGCAUUUGCUCUGGUUUGGCAAGGUCAUCUAUGUCAAGCCGCUUCCGCCCUGCUUAAUGAAUACAGAUUUCGUCCGGAAUUAUGUAUGCACAAACUCGAAUCUUCAUCAAUCAGCUAUGGGCUUCCUUCUAUCAUAUUGCAAAAUCGUCUGCUCCCCUCUGGAUCUCAGUUUUGCGAAAGAACGACUUUUGUUGCCCGAAGAUAUCACUUGGACCAAGUGGAAACUAUUUCGCGAGCAAACCUUGUCGAGAAUCCAGCACGGCGUUAUCAUCAACCCACGGUACAUAUACGGCGAGUUGCGCAUUGCUCGUCUCAAUAUCAUUUACCGCAUGACACGCCGGGGCCUCGUCUAUUUCUCCAUCCACCGCGAGUACGACUCUUAUUUCUCGCAGUACUUUACCCUCCUCAUUAUCGCCUUCGCGUUUGCGUCCACGGUCCUCUCGGCCAUGCAGGUCAUUCUGUCAACUCCAGAAUAUCCGCAACUGUUCUCACGAGACUCUUAUGUCGUCUCGGUGGUAACCAUUCUGGGGAUAUUGAUCGCGCUGUUCAUUAUUGCGUGCCUUUUCCUAUGGGUGUUCCUUGCUAAUACCUACAUGACGGCGCGGUCUCACCUGCGGCCAAAACGGGGAAAAGGUGGUACGGCAUGAGAUACAUAUUGGAAACUUGCACUCCUGGUAAUUUCGGGUCCUACGGGGUGAAUGGGACACUUCACGGACAAGUAGAAGGGAGUUUGUAACCGAAAAUUUAGGCACUUGCAUUCAUACCCAUAAUACUCUGGAUUUGCUCUGGAGCGUUUUGUUCUUCGUACUAUAGAUACUAUAUUGGGGCAUAGCAUAUGCAGGUUUCUUCGCGUUAGGCUAGGUGUCAGGUUACGGCCUGGACCGAAGGCGAUAGUACAGAGUGAAGGGGAGAAAUAGGCGUGUCCCCCUGGUGGUCACUUGGUGAUGGCAGGUAGGGGUGUCCACAGUAGU